ACCGUGUCCAGCGCGUGCGUGCGCAUGCGCGGAGCGCGGCGCGCGCGGUGGUUGGGUCGUAGGCUGUUCGGCCCUGGGAUCCGCCGGGUCUCCGCGAGCAGUGGGCUCUGAGCCGCGAGCCGCCGUGAGCUCUCGGGUUCGAAACGACGCCGACGAGCCCGGGGGCAUCGCCCGCAGCGGCCUAGCUCAUGGACGGCUGAGCGGGACGCCGCCUCCGCCUCAGCCGCCGCCGCCGCCGCCGCCGCCUCCUCCUCCUCAGCCGGCGGCGGCCCGGGCCCAGCAGCCAUGGCCGAAGACUACUGGGACGGGCGCCUGCGGCGUACAGGAGGAGGAGAAGGAGGUCGCGCGGCCUCAGCCCAGGCCGCCGCCCCAGGCGCCUCCGCGCCGGCCCCGCGGCGCUGAGGUUGCACGCGCGCCCCCGCCGGUCGCCAUGGAUCGGAUGAAGAAGAUCAAACGGCAGCUGUCAAUGACACUCCGAGGGGGCCGAGGUGUAGACAAGACCAAUAGUGCCCCUGAACAGAUAGGCCUGGAUGAGAGUGGUGGUGGUGGAGGCAGUGACCUUGGCGAGGCCCCCACCCGUGCCGCCCCUGGGGAACCCUGCUCUGGGCGGGGACUACUCAGCUCUGCACCAGAGAUUGUACACGAGGACUUGAAGGUGGGAUCUGACUUGAAGAUGGGGUCUGACGGGGAAAGUGACCAGGCUUCAGCCACGUCCUCGGAUGAGGUGCAGUCGCCAGUGAGGGUGCGCAUGCGCAACCAUCCCCCACGCAAGAUCUCCACUGAGGACAUCAACAAACGCCUAUCACUACCAGCUGACAUCCGGCUGCCUGAGGGCUACCUUGAGAAGCUGACCCUCAAUAGCCCCAUCUUUGACAAGCCUCUCAGCCGCCGCCUCCGCCGUGUCAGCCUGUCUGAGAUUGGCUUUGGGAAACUGGAGACCUACAUCAAGCUGGACAAGCUAGGCGAGGGUACCUAUGCCACUGUUUACAAAGGCAAAAGCAAGCUCACAGACAACCUUGUGGCACUCAAGGAGAUCAGACUAGAACAUGAAGAGGGGGCACCUUGCACCGCCAUCCGGGAAGUGUCCCUGCUCAAGGACCUCAAACAUGCCAACAUCGUCACGCUACAUGACAUUAUCCAUACGGAGAAGUCCCUCACCCUUGUCUUUGAGUACCUGGACAAGGACCUGAAGCAGUACCUGGAUGACUGUGGGAAUGUCAUCAACAUGCACAACGUGAAACUGUUCCUGUUCCAGCUGCUCCGUGGCCUGGCCUAUUGCCACCGGCAGAAGGUGCUACACCGAGACCUCAAGCCCCAGAACUUGCUCAUUAACGAGAGAGGAGAGCUCAAGCUGGCUGAUUUUGGUCUGGCCCGGGCCAAGUCAAUUCCAACCAAGACCUACUCCAAUGAGGUGGUGACACUGUGGUACCGGCCCCCUGACAUCCUGCUCGGGUCCACAGACUACUCCACCCAGAUUGACAUGUGGGGUGUGGGCUGCAUUUUCUAUGAGAUGGCCACAGGCCGGCCCCUCUUCCCAGGCUCCACAGUGGAGGAGCAGCUGCACUUCAUCUUCCGCAUCUUGGGAACCCCAACUGAGGAGACAUGGCCGGGCAUCCUGUCCAAUGAAGAAUUCAAAACACACAACUAUCCCAAGUACCGUGCUGAGGCUCUUUUGAGCCAUGCGCCCCGGUCCCCUUGUCCUUGUGGUAGACUUGAUAGUGAUGGGGCUGAUCUCCUCAACAAGUUGCUGCAGUUUGAAGGUCGCAAUCGGAUCUCCGCAGAGGACGCCAUGAAACACCCAUUCUUCCUCAGUCUGGGGGAGCGGAUCCACAAACUUCCUGACACUACUUCCAUAUUUGCACUAAAGGAGAUCCAGCUACAAAAGGAGGCCAGCCUUCGCUCUUCGUCGAUGCCUGACUCAGUAGUUGCCGGCGGACAGCAUGGCCAUGCCAGCCUCCCACACUGAGGCCAGGCCUGUACCCCUACCCACCAUACCCUCCCCCAGGACCACUACCCCAUGGCCAGCCAGGGGUCCAGAGCUAGCCCAGGCUGGGGAUCUCAACUCACAAGAUGUGGCAAUGCUUUGGGUCUGAGGUUUCCCCUGCCUGCUUACCUUCCUGCCCCACCUGCCUCAUGUUGUGUGGGCCUUUUUUUGUUUGUUUCAUUCAUUGUUGUUUUUUAAUUAUUUUAAAUGAGGUUUUCAUUUUUUAAAUGCAAUAUCUCUGUAUACAGACUGGCUGGGCCCCACCCCCUGCGUGUGGCCCUCUCACAGUAUUUUGUGCAAUGAAGCCCCGCUCCCAGCCUUUCCAAGGCAGGAACACAGCCCCUAUUCAAAAACCUGACCAUCACCAGACCCUGGGGUUGGCUAAGGGAAAGCAUGCCUCAACCAUUCACCUUCCUUCCCCCGCCCCGCCCCCGCCUGCCAUCCCCAGCCGCAGGGGUACCUGAGGACUACCGGAGAGACUCUGGGAGAUGGACGAGGUGGGGAGCCCCCACUCUUUCCCUCCUGCAGUUCUAUAGCUGGGGCCUCCUUCCUUCUCAGGGUCUCCUUAGCCUAGCCCUUUUGCCCCCAUCCCACUCGGUGCUGUUGAGUAGGGGCCCUGCCAGGAGCUGAACAACUCAGCGAGGAGCCAUAGUGUGUAUAUGUGCACAGGCAGGGACAGAGGGGCGCGUGGGGGGUUGUGCCCAGAUGUUAACCCCUAACCUCUGGGGAGGGUGAGGCAGGGCAGGAACAGUCUCUGGGGUCAGUCCCAGAUGGGUGGUUACCUCCCUUUCCUCCACUCUAAACCCUGGGGCCCUCAAAUGGGGUGGGAGGGCAUGGGUGGGGGCCCUCCUAAUGGGUUUUGGGAGGUUGGGUUCCUGAAUGCACCAUAAUCGCUGUAUGAAAUAU